UUCAUCAAAUUUUGAUACAAUAGUAAAUGACAUUAGUUUCCAAUUUUGUCAAAAAUAAAUGGGAAGAAAAACAACAUACCAUAAAUCUCAUUUAUCUUUGUGGAAAAAAGAAAUGUUAGGAAGUCAUUAAUCCGGUAACACUAUGGCAUGAAAAAUCAGCCCGCCGGAGCAAAAUGCUUCGCCGGUCGACGGCGAAACUCAUCAGCCAGGCUUCCCAGACACCGGCCAGACCCGAACCCGUUUUUCAGCUACUCCAAAAACACUUAAAAUCCAAAUCAAUCACGCUGUGCAAAGAAAUCCACGCCGCCCUACUCAAGUCCCCCUCCUACGAUCACCAAGUCCACGUAUCAAACACCCUAUUGAGUUUCUACUCGGAAUGUGGGGAUUUCUCCGCUGCCCGCAAGCUGUUCGACAAAAUGCCUCAAAAGGACGUGGUUACUUGGACUUCAAUGAUCUCCUCUUCAGUUCGCUAUGGGGAUCCUGAAAAAGCCCUGAAUUUAUUCAAAGAGAUGCUGCGAAAGAAUGAGAAUCCAAACCCGUAUACGUUUUCGACCAUAAUUCGAGCUUGUACUAGUUGUUCCUUGAUUGAAUUGGGGAAGCAAGUUCAUGGUUUGAUUCUCAAGUAUGGGCUUGCCAAGAAUGAGUACACUGGGAGUAGUCUUGUAGAUUUCUACAAAAAGGUUGGAGACAACUUAAGUGAUGCAUUUUGUGUUUUCAAUGGACUAUCAGAGAGGGAUCUUGUAAUAUGGAACAUCAUCAUAUCUGGGUUUGCCCAAUCAGGCGAUGUCAACAAGGUUUUGAGCCUGUUCGAGGAGAUGAGGAAGGCGGAUGGGUUGAUGCCAAAUGAUUUCACAUUAACCAGUUUGCUCAAAUGUUGCUUUUCCGGCAAAGACGUUGAGCAAGUUCAUUGCCUUGCUAUGAAAUCCGGAUUUGAUGGCGACAUUGUAGUGGGAAGUGCUUUGGUGGAUGUAUAUGGGAAAUGUGGAGAUUUAGGUUCUGGGGAAAAGGUGUUCGAGUCAAUGGAGGUUAAGGAUGCGUUUGCUUGGAGUUCAAUAGUGACCGGUCAUGUAAGAACCGGUUCGGAUACGCGCGCUAUAGUUUUGUUCAAAGGCAUGCUUUCGCAAGGCGUGAGACCCGAUCAGCAUAUACUAUCUAGCACCUUGAGAGCCUGUGCGGAGAUCGGCUUUCUUGAAACUGGAAUUCAAAUCCAUUCACAAACCAUCAAGAACGGUUAUCAAAGGGACUGUUUUGUCAACACUGGCCUCAUCAAUCUUUACGCAGGUGGGAACAGAAUAUCUGAGGUUGAAAAGCUGUUCAGAAGUAUGGAAAACAAAGAUAUUGUGGUUUGGAACACAAUGAUCAUGUGUUAUGCAGAAUUAGAGGAAGAAGGAGAUUCUUCUUCUUCUUCUUCUUCGUUAUGUGUCAGUCUGCUAAGAGAACUACUAAACCAAACCCCUUUGUUAUCUCCAAAUGAAGCAACUUUUGUUACUGUUAUGAACUCUUGCAAAACCGUUUUGGAUUCUCCCAUAGCAAUUCAGGUUCAUUGCUUGAUAACAAAAAACUUCGAAACAAACAGGACUUCCAUUGGGAAUGCACUCAUAAAAAUGUAUUCCAACUGCAAGAACAUAGAGUGUGCUCAUAAGGCCUUCAAUGACAUUGUCCAUAAAGACGAAAUCUCAUGGAGUUCACUCAUUGGAGCUUACCAACAGAACGGUUUCGGUUUUAUAGCUCUUCAAAUCUUCAAAGAAAUGCUAGAAAACGGCAUACCUCCAACGAAUUUCAGCCUUCCUUUAACCUUUGCUGCCUGUGGAAAGAUCUCAGCCGUUGAUAUAGGAAAACAGAUCCAUUCCCUUAUAUGCAAAUUAGGGUUCCACAGAGAUAUCUAUGUCAAGAGCUCGCUCAUUGACAUGUACGCGAAAUGCGGGUACAUGGAGGAUUCUGAGAUGGCAUUUGAGGAACAAGGAGAACCAAACGAGGUGUUCUUCAACUCGCUGAUCUCUGGUUUUGCAAAGGGUGGAAACGCCGUUAAAGCGGUUAAAUUGUUUCAAGAAAUGGUAAAGAUGAGAUUUUUACCCAACCCCGUCACCUUCCUGUCAGUUCUGUCAGCCUGCAGUCACGCAGGCAUGGUAGAAGAGAGUCUGCUCAUCUUCAAACUGAUGAAUGAGAGGUACGGUUUGGGACCCGAAAAAGAACACUACGGGUGUUUGAUUGAUGUUCUCGGUCGUGCGGGGAGACUGGAGGAAGCGUAUGAAGUGGUGGGUAGUGGCAAUGAGUGUGUUUUUGCAUGGAAGACAUUGUUGAAUGCAUGUAGGAGUUAUGAAGAUGUGAAGAUAGCAGAGAAGUGUGCAAGAAAAGUGUUGGAGAUUGACCCUAAAGAUCCUUCUCCAUACCUUGUUUUGUCUAACAUGUACUCUAGAGAGGGGAGAUGGGAAGAGGCUUCUAAGUUGAGGCAAAAAAUGAUGCAAAUUGGAAUGAAGAAGGAUCUUGGAAGCAGUUGGUUGAUGUAGAAUGACUGAAUGACUCUAACUGACCAUGGGCUUUUCCAACUGAUGGACUACUAAUGAGAUACACAAAAUCUAUGUUGCACGAAUUUUUUAACCAAGUGUUUUCCCUUCCCCAAAACGGCCCCUAUUUGGGCACUUCGG